GUGUACCUCCUCGAAACCGAGCACUAUUCUGGAGCAGCACUGAAAGAAAGAAGAGGAAGUUAAGGAGAGAAAAGAAAAGAAUAGUAAGAAAAAGCAGGACGUCGUAAGGGAUACAGUGGGGCUUGUGAGAGAGAGAGAGAGAGGAUCUGUGAAAUCUAUCCCUUUUCACUUACAUAUAGAGAACUAUCCCUUUUCACUUACAUAUAGAGAAGAAAGAGAAUCUGUGCAUCUUCAUGGGCAGGAAGAAGCCGGCUGGGGCCCGGGACGAGGAAAUCCCUAUCUCUACCACUGCUCAGGGUGGGAAUAAAUCGAAGAAGAAAGGGCAUGCCAUCGAUGACGAUGAAUACUCUAUUGGGACGGAGCUGUCUGAGGAUCCGCCCAACUCUGAAAAACAAGACUUUGAUGAUAAUGAUCUCCCUUCCCUUUAUGGGAAGAAAAAGGGCAAGAAAGGCGGUGCUAAGGCACGGCUUGUUGAUGAAGACCAAGAAAAGAAGCCCAACUUGGAAGCAGAAGAGGACGAUCCCCCUCCCGUAGUUUUCUCCGGUAAGAAGAAGUCAAAAUCCAAGAAAAGCAAUAGCAGUCUCUUCACUGCGUCUCCUUUUGAUGCCCUCGAAGAGGACGAUGAUGCUUCUCAACCUGAGGAUCCGCCUGAGGCUGACGAUGAAGAAGAUAGCAAUGACGUCCCUGUGAUUGCCUUCUCAGGUAAGAAGAAGCCGUCCAAAUCUUCCAACAAGGGCGGCAGCUUGUUUAAUGCUUCUAGUUUUGAUGCCAGUCUCGAUGAUGAAGAUAGUGCUAAUAUCGCCCCAGCCACAGAGCAAGGGUCUUCUGGUAAUGAUGUUAAUGAAGAAGAUGAUGUCCCUGAGAUUUCGAUUGCCUUCUCUGGUAAGAAGAAACCAUCAAAAUCUUCCAAGAAGGUGGGCAAUAGCUUGACCUUUUUGGAUUCAGUGGGGCUUGAUGAUGAGGAUGCCAUUGAAACUGCCACUGGCACUUCUGGUAAAAUAGAGGAUGGAGAUGACGAGAACGAUGAUGCCCAAGCUGCAAUUUCUUUCUCUGGAAAGAAGAAGUCUUCUAAGUCUAAGUCCUCCAAGAAGAGCAAUAGCUUGUCUAACACAUUCAAUUACAAUGCCGUUCUUGGCGAACAAGUCAAUGAACACGAACAGCCUUCUGUGAGAGGAGGUGGUAGUAAUGAGGCGGGUGGGAAGGAUGGUGUUGAUGCUAAAACUAAUAACAAAGGAAGUGAGAACAUGGCGGACACUUCUAAGAAGCAAAAGAAGAAUAAGAAGAAGAGUGGGAGGACAGCCCAAGAGGAGGAUGACCUUGACAAAAUCCUCGCUGAGCUUGGUGAAGGCCCUCCUUUGACGAAGCCUGCCCCUCCUCCAGAGGAGAAAGUACAGGUUAAGCCUGACCCCGUUAGCUCCGUUGAUGCUACAAUUGAGGAGAAAGAUGGUGAAGCAGAAGGUGGUGAGUCCGUGGCUGCAAAGAAAAAGAAGAAGAAGAAGGAGAAGGAGAAGGAGAAGAAGGCAGCCGCUGCAGCAGCAGUGGAGGUGAAGGUGAAGGAAGAGAAACAUGAAGAGACAAAGAGCAAGGUUUCUGACAAGAAGGUCCCCAAGCAUGUCAGGGAAAUGCAGGAGGCGCUUGCGAGGCGUAAGGAAGCUGAGGAGAGGAAGAAGAGAGAGGAAGAGGAGAGGUUGAGGAAGGAAGAGGAGGAGCGUCGCAGGCUAGAGGAGAUUGAGAGGCUUGCAGAGGAGGCAAAGCGCAGGAAAAAGGAGAGAGAGAAGGAGAAGCUUCUGAAGAAAAAGCAAGAGGGUAAGCUUUUAACGGGUAAGCAAAAGGAAGAAGCACGUAGACUGGAGUCGAUGAGGAACCAGUUUCUUGCUAAGGGCAGUCUUCUACCUAUGUCUGACACUGGUACCACGACGACCACCAAAAGGCCAAAAUACCAAAACAAGAAGGGAAAAUCUGGUCCCUCUCAGGCAAAUGGUGGGGCCUCUGUGAAGCCCGCUGAAGCAGUAGAGGCAAAUGAUAGCCAACAUGACAUUGUACCUGAGGUCGAGCCAUCAGAAGUUGAAAAGGUCGAAGAGGAGUCCACAGCAGUGGAUGCCAAUGAGAAGAUGGAAGUCGAGCAGCAGGAGGUUGAGGAGAACGGAGUUGAAGAAGAAGACGACGAUGAUGAUGAGUGGGACGCAAAAAGCUGGGAUAAUGCCGAUCUUUCGCUGCCUGUUAAAAGUGCUUUUGCUGAGGAAGAUGCUGAACCUGUGGUGAAGAAAGACAUCAAGCGUGUGACACAACCGGCUUCCGUCAAUUCAGAAGUGCCUUCUCCUGCACAGCCGAAUCCCGCCAUAACUGCUAAAAAGGCUGCUGCUCCUGAAUCAUUUAAAAGCCAUGAAAUCGAAAGUAAAGAUGAUGAACCCCAAGUUGAAGUUUAUGACAAGAGGAAGAUAAAAGAAGCUGCAAAGAAAAGGGAGGCUCGAACAGCGGAGGCUCUCUCACAGAGGAGUGCUGAUAACCUCCGUUCUCCAAUCUGUUGCAUUCUCGGUCAUGUCGAUACUGGUAAGACCAAGCUGCUUGAUUGCAUCCGGGGCACUAAUGUUCAGGAGGGCGAGGCCGGAGGUAUUACACAGCAGAUUGGCGCAACCUAUUUUCCUGCUGAAAAUCUACGGGACAGGACCAAGGAGCUUAAAGCUGAUGCAAAGUUGCGGGUCCCAGGUCUGCUGGUGAUUGAUACUCCGGGGCAUGAAUCGUUCACAAAUUUACGGUCACGAGGUUCGGGUUUAUGCGACAUUGCGAUUUUAGUUGUCGACAUAAUGCACGGCCUAGAGCAACAGACUAUUGAAUCACUCAACCUUUUGAAGAUGCGGAAUACUGAAUUCAUUGUUGCCUUGAACAAGGUUGACAGAUUAUAUGGAUGGAAGACGUGCCCAAAUGCACCUAUCGUGAAGGCUAUGAAGCAACAGUCUAAUGACGUACAAAAUGAGUUCAAAAGGAGGGUGACUGAGGUUAUCACGCAGUUGAAGGAGCAGGGCCUGAAUACUGAGCUGUACUACAAAAAUAAAGAAAUGGGGGAAACAUUCAGUAUUGUCCCAACAAGUGCAGUAAGUGGUGAAGGCAUCCCCGAUCUUCUGUUGUUAUUGGUGCAAUGGACACAGAAAACCAUGGAGCAAAAGCUUAUGUUUGUCAAUGAAGUACAGUGCACAGUCUUGGAGGUCAAGGUUAUUGAAGGCCUUGGAACCACCAUUGAUGUUGUGUUAGUCAAUGGUGUGCUUCAUGAAGGAGAUCAGAUAGUUGUUUGUGGCAUGCAGGGGCCUAUUGUUACCACAAUCCGAGCUUUACUGACACCUCAUCCAAUGAAGGAACUUCGAGUAAAGGGAUCUUACCAGCACCAUAAAGAGCUUAAAGCUGCGCAGGGUAUCAAGAUUACUGCACAGGGCCUCGAACAUGCCAUUGCAGGCACUGGGCUAUACGUGGUAGGGUCUGAGGAUGAUUUGGAAGACAUCAAGGAAGCAUCAAUGCAAGAUAUGAAGACGGUUAUGAGCAGGAUUGACAAGAGUGGGGAGGGUGUAUGCGUGCAAGCCUCUACCCUUGGUUCAUUGGAAGCGUUGUUAGAGUUCUUGAAGAGCCCAGCAGUGAACAUCCCAGUCAGCGGUAUAAGCAUCGGUCCUGUACACAAGAGGGAUGUUAUGAGGGCUAGUGUUAUGCUUGAGAGGAAGAAGGAAUAUGCCACCAUCCUAGCAUUUGAUGUCAAAGUAACACCUGAGGCUCGGGAGCUUGCAGAUGAGACUGGUGUGAAGAUAUUCAUUGCUGAUAUUAUCUAUCACUUGUUCGAUCAGUUCAAGGCUUAUAUUGACAAUCUUAAGGAAGAAAAGAAGAAGGAAGCUGCAGAAGAUGCAGUCUUCCCUUGUGUUCUAAAGAUUAUGCCGAACUGCAUUUUCAACAAAAAAGAUCCAAUCGUCUUGGGUGUUGAUGUCCUUGAAGGGAUUGCAAAGGUCGGCACUCCAAUCUGUAUUCCUUCGAGGGAUUUUAUUGAUAUUGGACGAAUAGCUUCCAUUGAGAUUAACCACAAACAAGUUGAUAUAGCAAAGAAAGGCCAAAAGGUGGCCAUAAAGAUUGCUAGCACCAACGCUGAAGAACAACAGAAGAUGUAUGGCAGGCAUUUUGAGAUUGAUGAUGAGCUUGUUAGCCACAUCUCGAGGAAAUCUAUCGACACACUUAAAUCAAAUUAUCGGGACGACUUAUCUAUUGAAGAGUGGAAGCUGGUAGUGAAACUGAAGACUCUCUUCAAGAUACAGUAAGCUAGAAAAGAAAAAAAGAAAAAAGAAAAAGCAAGAAAAGGAAAGGAAAAAAAGCAGAAAACAGAGUGAAGAAUAAUUACAAUCCUUGUUCAGCUGUGGUGAUGAUAAUGAAAAUGUGGUGAGGCGUUUUGCACGAGUUACAGCUUUAGACUAUGCCAGAUUCUGAUGUAACGUGUUGAAAUUUUGGUUGGCGAGGGAAGAUUUUUUCUUUUUCUCUCUGAGAAAUGUGGGAGGGAUCACCAGAAACAACAGCCUUGAUAGAGAGCCAAUCUGUUCAGUCACCAACAGAAGGUUUCUUCAUUUCCGUUUUAUUUUUAUUUUUAUUUCAUGUAUGUUAUUGCCUUUUGGUCUGAAAAUAAACUAUUUCUUUAGAAUUA